UCACAAAAAGAAGAGUCAAAAAGUCCAUUUCCUCACGGGUGACCCAAGCUUUUCCAGUUCAAAAGCCUUCUUGAAAGAUCUCUCUCUCUCUCUCUCUCUCUCUCUCUCUCGUUCAGACCCCCAUUUCUUUUGAUUUUCCAAAAGAACCCCUAUAAGAAAGAAGGAAAUGUCAAAACCUUUACACCUACCGACACACCCUCCCCAAAUUUUGCAUUAGGAGCUAUUCUCCUCCAUCAUUAGCGCUCUCUAUAGCUCCUUCUCUACAAGUCUUAGCCUUUUAGCCCCGAAAUCCUAACUGGUUCUUGACCCAUUUCGUAUUCGGAUCCCUGGUUCACUAUGGAAUCCAGCUCUGCUUCAGCAGGUGAUCACAACAUCAAAGGGGUACCUGCCCACGGUGGACGCUAUGUUCAGUACAAUGUGUACGGUAACUUCUUUGAGGUUUCUAGGAAGUACGUCCCUCCCAUAAGGCCCGUAGGGAGAGGUGCUUAUGGUAUUGUUUGUGCUGCUGUUAAUGCUGAGACUCGUGAGGAGGUUGCCAUUAAGAAGAUUGGUAAUGCAUUUGACAACAGAAUUGAUGCCAAGAGGACUUUACGAGAAAUUAAACUUCUUCGGCACAUGGAUCAUGAAAAUGUUAUUGCCAUCAAAGACAUCAUACGGCCUCCACAGAAGGAGAACUUCAAUGAUGUCUACAUUGUUUAUGAAUUAAUGGACACUGAUCUUCAUCAGAUUAUACGGUCCAACCAACCUUUAAACGAUGAUCAUUGUCGGUACUUUCUGUAUCAGUUGUUAAGAGGGCUCAAAUAUGUACAUUCGGCAAAUGUUUUGCAUCGUGAUUUGAAGCCCAGUAAUUUGCUCAUGAAUGCAAAUUGCGACCUUAAGAUUGGAGAUUUUGGCCUUGCAAGGACAACAUCUGAAACUGAUUUCAUGACUGAGUAUGUUGUUACUCGUUGGUACCGAGCACCGGAGUUACUCCUCAAUUGUUCGGAGUACACUGCAGCAAUUGAUAUAUGGUCUGUAGGUUGCAUUCUCGGGGAAAUUAUGACCAGACGGCCCCUGUUCCCUGGCAAAGACUAUGUACAUCAGCUGAGACUCAUAACAGAGCUCCUAGGUUCACCUGAUGACUCCAGCCUUGGAUUUUUACGAAGUGAUAAUGCUCGAAGAUAUGUCCGGCAACUACCUCAGUAUCCAAAGCAGAGCUUUUCUGUUGGAUUUCCUAAUAUGUCCCCUGGCGCUGUUGAUUUGCUCGAGAAGAUGCUUGUCUUUGACCCUAACAGGCGCAUUACAGUUGAUGAGGCUCUUUGCCACCCCUACUUGGCACCUCUUCAUGAUAUCAACGAGGAGCCCAUCUGCCCGAUGCCUUUCAAUUUUGAUUUUGAGCAACCAUCCUUUACAGAAGAGAACAUCAAGGAGCUCAUCUGGAGAGAAUCUGUAAAGUUCAAUCCAGACCAAUUCACUGAGGAUCAUGCUAUAAUCUGUUGUAUGCACUUAGAAAGUAAUCCCAAAACUGAUUACAAUGAUACUCUACUGGAAGAAAGACAUUAUAAAAACUGUGCUGGAGUGAUUGGAUUUCCUGAGAAAUUGUCCUGAGAUGUCAUUCAUUCAACAUUAUCACGUCUUUGGAUGUCUGUAAUUGUCAAAUGUGUAAAAGGAGAUCAAAAGCUGAAUCUCAAGUCUGCCUCUUCAGUUAGAACUCCAAUCCCUCAUUGGUGUAGGUUUCUGCUUUGGUUGUCGACGUAGGAGCUGUGGUUAGCGGCUUUUAAUACUAUUAAGACCAUUACCCAGCACUGUUGUAGGGCCUUGCGGUCUUGUGAUCAUCUCUGUUUAGAAUGGUAGGUCUGAAUAUGAACAGUUGCUUCGUUUCGAUAUGAUACGUGUACUUCGUCAUCUCAUAAUUUGUCGUGAAUA